UGAGAUUGGCCACGGACCGAGAUGAUCUGUCUUUGCAGAUGUCACUGCAGCUGCCUGGGGAAAGGCUUGUGGGUGGGGUCUACUGCAAGUAGAACACGUCCCCUUCUCCAGGGUGAAUGUGUGCUCCACCCUGGCCUGAGAGUAGAGGGAGACAGAGGGAGUGUCUCUGAGACCCCACUCUGCAGAUAGAUCGACUGAGGUGGUAGUAAGCAGUGAGAUCUGGAAGCGUGGAGAAGGCCUGCAUGGAGGUCGAGGGGAACGGCCAAGCUUCCCUGAUGGGGGUGGGGGAAUGCAGGGGAGUGGCCAGCUCAUCUGGCUCUGGAGCAGGCCUCAGGGCUCCACAGGAGCCUAAGGAUUUUUGGAGGCAUGGGGCUGGUGGCAGCCAGCAGUGUCCUACAAGAGCAGUGGCCCUUUGGGAAUGGAUGGCUCUGUGCAGGCCAGGAUGGUGGUGGUGGUCUUGUGUGUGUGUGUUUGUAUGUGUGUGUGUGUGUGUGUGUGUAUUUUGAGGGGAGUUUAGUUGGUGAGCAGCUAGUAUAUUGAGAAGAGCUUUUGACAGUGAGUCAGGAAACUUAGGGCCUAGUCCUGGCUCACCUUGCUGUGUGACCUUGGGCAAGUCUGUUGACCUCACUGAGCCUCAGUUUCCCCAGCUAUAGAGUGGUGCUCAAUAAGCCCUGCCCCUUCCUCAGGACUGUGUGAGGACAAUGGGAAACAGUUUAAGAGGAACACAGUGCCCUGGGGAAGAGGAUCCUUAGAGAACUAGCAUGAACUGGAUGGAGCUGAACUUGGGGGGUUUGUUGAGCAUUGGGGGUGUUGCUCAGCUUGGGCCAGGCUUUGCUGAGGGGACGCCAGGACUUAGGCUGAGACUGGCCCCCGGGAGCUCACACUCUGCUUCAGUGACUUGCAGACUUCUUACAGGCAUGCCUCAUUUUGAUAAAAAAAAAAAAGAGCUGCUGCUUUUAAUAUUUAAUAAGGUUACUUUCAAGUACAGAGUUUUGUUUCUUCUUUUAAGCUUUGCAAAAAUAUCUUGAAACCACCGGUGACCCCACCCUUCCCUCCAGAUUGGGGUGCACCUCCAUACCCCACCACGCCUUGAGCAUCUGGUUGGAGGGAUGGCAUGUCCUGGUGCAGGAUGACUCACAGUACCAGAAGCCCCUGAAUCUUACCCAUCGGCGUUUAUUCAGUGCUUUGUGUGGCAGGGGCUGGUGAUUGCAGCUGGAAGUGCCCAUGAGCGACCUGGCGUCCUCCGGGGGCGGGUCCCCUGCGGGGGACGGGGAAGAGGGCCUGGGGGACGAGCGAGGCCUGGUCAUCCACCACCCCGCGGAGGAGCAGCCCCACCGCUGCCCGCUGUGCGGCCAGACCUUCUCGCAGCAGCCCAGCCUGGUGCGGCACCAGAAGGCGCACGCUGGGGCAGGCCGCGCGGCCGCCUUCGUGUGCCCCGAGUGCGGCAAGGCCUUCAGCGUCAAGCACAACCUCGAGGUGCACCAGCGCACCCACACCGGCGAGCGGCCCUUCCCCUGCCCCGAGUGCGGGCGCUGCUUCAGCCUCAAGCAGAACCUGCUCACGCACCAGCGCAUCCACAGCGGCGAGAAGCCGCACCAGUGCGCGCAGUGCGGCCGCUGCUUCCGCGAGCCGCGCUUCCUGCUCAACCACCAGCGCACGCACGCGCGCAUGCCCGCGCCGCACCCGCGCCGGCCCGGCGUGUUCGGGGAGCGGCGGCCCUACUUCUGCGCCCGCUGCGGCAAGAGCUUCGCGCGCGAGGGCUCGCUCAAGACCCACCAGCGCAGCCACGGCCACGGGCCCGACGGCCAGGCGGCCCAUUUAGGCCGCGUGCUAUGAUGCGCGCCGCACCUGCCGGCUGUUUGCUGCCCCAGAGCCACGUUCGUGACCCCCGGAGAUGGCGCUGGGCUGCGGUGCCCCGGCUGGAUGGGAUCCCGGGAGACGGGGAGGCCUGGCUUGGGGUCUGGAAGGAGUGGGCUGCUGCCAGGCUCGGGCCGCCUCCUUCCGCUCCGCCCCUAGGACCCUCUGGCUGGCUGCAUACGCCUGCUUUGGGCCAUUGUGUUGGUUUUCCUCCUCAGGCUCUCCCGGCCUAGAGCAGAUGCGGAGGGGGCAGGACCUCUGGGCAGUGUGCAAGGCAUAUCUGGGCACAGAGACUGGGAAUGGGGCCCCACGGGCCCUGCACCCCAGCGUGAGGAUGCUCCUCAGAAAACCUACCUCGGGAGGGCCCUGCAGCGAUGGCGGAAGGAGCGAUGGAGCAUGGAAUUGGAGGCAGCGUCCAUGCCCUGGUGGAAAAACUCCCUGAACCUGUUGGAAGUCGCACGCAGCCAGAGAAGAGCUCUUCCUGGCCACCUGGCCACGGACCUCAGCAGGGACGGUGCCUGUGUGGAUAAACGGUUCUCUGCUCCUGCCUGGCCCCCCAGAGGCAGGAGGGGACUGGCCUUGGAGAACACGGCAAGUCCGGAGCAGACCUGGCCCUAGACGCAGAACCUGACCCCGGUGUGAUCCCUACUUACAGGCUUCACUCUCCUUUCAGAGCAAUUGUUCUUAACACUUUUGGGGGCGUGAAGCCCUUCGACAAUCUGACAAAGGUUUGGAACCUUCUCGCCAGGAAAACACACACACUCCUGCAGACCACAAAUCUCCAAGCAGUGUCGGGAGCUCCUGGACUCCAGGCUGAGAACCUGGGCCCCGGGGCCUCACCCACUGCUCUCUUUGCCUGAUGCAGAGCCUGGGGUCAGGGCACCAAACUAGUAGCAUUUUUCCCUCCCCCACCGACCCUCCUUUCCUUGUUCAGGAAUAAAGAAUUCUGAGGAGGGGACCCAUCUGGUCACUCUCUUCUCCCAGACCUAAUGCACAGGGCAGCAGCUUUCUGAAUCUUCCUUCCCUUCCCCAGACGUUGCUGGAGGCUCCCUGGGCUGGUUUGCUCUUCUCUGUUUUUGGGGUUGCUUGCUCUGGUCACCUGGUGCUGGCUCUCACGGUGCAGCCCUGGGCUCCUGGCCUGGGCUCUGAUCUCACUGGGAAGGUGGUGGGGAGGGCUGGGACCUCUGUGGACGCUGGGCAGAGGCAUGAAUUUGGGCCGAGCCUACCCCGGAGAGGGAAUUCUGCUUCCAGCAGCCACAGCCAGGUGGACCUGCCUCCUGCCAGAGCCGGCCUUUGGCCUCAGCCGGGCACGAGAUGGGAAGGCUGCCGAGGAAGAUGGAGCCUCGCUCCUCGUGCCACCGGCUCCAGGUGGAGACAGAGGCGGACUCCACAGUUCUGCUGUGCCCUCGGAACAAGUGGAGGGGUGGGUGCUGGAGCGACAACAGGGCGAGGACUUCUCAGGUCUUCAGGGCAGCCUGGAGCCCAGAAGUGCCCCCUGGCCUCCCCAGAAUGAACCGCCCGUCAGAAAAGGUGUGACCGACCAGGGCUAGGAUGGGUUUUUGAUGAAAACCAGACUUAAGAAAGUGGGUUACAUUUAGUGAAACCCUUAGGCUGGAGAGAGGCCUUUAGUCGUGGAAUUGAGAUCCAAUCCCAGUGAUGUGAGUUGUGGGGGUGCGGAGGAGUUGUGUUUGGGUGGGAGGUCCCAGGGCUGGGCUGGGUUCGGUCAGGGUCGUCUCGGGCCCCUGUGGGUUCCUGCCCUGGGGUCUUGCUUGUCCCGUCUCCGUUGCAGUUUGGCUGGUUGUUACUGACCGUCUGCCAUGCGCCUCGUCCUGGGAUAACAGACCGCUCUAGGGGGAGCACAGAAAGAGCAGCGCUCUGUGCUCCAGGAGCUUCCACUUCCUUUUAUCCUUGGCCAACCUGGAGGGGACCUCACAGAUGCACUUCUCUGCUGAUUGUCGGCUGUCUCCUCCCUCCCCUGUGACUGUGCCGUCUGUGUCCUGCCUCUGCCUUCCCUGGUAUUGCUCUGAAAUGUGCCCCUCCUCCCCUCCGCCCUGCCCACCCUCUUCUCCACCAGGGCCCAGCUUCCCUGACUGUCUAGCCCGCAUUCCCCCUUCCUUCUCUGAACAGCACCGUGUCUUACACUCCAGUUUUGUGUGUGUGUGUGUGCGCGCACGCGCGCGCGUCUUGACUGUCCAAUGAGACUGUGGGGUCCUGGAGGACAAGGGUCUGGCACAAGGCUGGGCCCGUAACACUCAGGAAAUACUUGUCGACUGGCUAAUGGGUCAGGUGCUGGAGGUUGAGGGGUGGCCGGUGCUGGGAGGUGUGAAAGGGGAGAGGGCACGUGAGCUCAUUAGUGGGUACAUUUUACUGGGCUGUGGGCUGGCUCCCCUGAGGCAAUAAUGGCCAUAGGAGGCCUCAGGUCCUCUCCUGCUUGGGGCAUUGGGACAGGAGGACCCCCCUGGUUAUGCAGGAGUGUGCGUAAAUGCUCCUCCAGGCUGGAUGUUUCCAUAGGUCACAGACACCUGCUGGAGAUGACCAAGUGGAAUAAACAUUCUCUUG